CCCCGACGGCCACGCCCGUGUCCCCCCCCCCAGGUUCUGCGAGGUGGCCGCGGCCAACGGGAUGGACAUUUUCCGGGUGUUUGACGCCCUCAACUACGUCCCCAACCUGCUGCUGGGGGUGGAGGCGGCGGGGAACGCGGGGGCCGUGGUGGAGGCCGCCCUGUCCUACACCGGGGACGUGGCCGACCCCACCCGCACCAAGUACAGCCUCCAGUACUACCUGGGGCUGGCCCGGGAGCUCGUGGCCGCCGGGACACACGUGCUCUGCAUCAAGGACAUGGCGGGGCUGCUGACCCCCGAGGCCGCGCGGCUGCUGGUGGGGGCCCUGCGGGAGCAGCACCCCGAGGUGCCCCUGCACGUGCACACCCACGACACGGCGGGCGCCGGCGUCGCCUCCAUGCUGGCGGCCGCCCAGGCCGGCGCCGACGCGGUGGACGUGGCCGUGGACGCCAUGUCCGGCAUGACCUCCCAGCCCAGCAUGGGAGCCCUGGUGGCCUGCACCCGAGGGACCCCCCUGGACACCGGUACGGACACGGGGGGGACGGGGGGACACGGGGGUGGGGGGGGACACCAAGGGUUGGAGGGGGCAACUUGGUCAUAGACGUGGCAAUGGGGGGUUGGAGGGGCCACCAAGGGUUGGAGGGGACACCAAAGGUUGGAGGGGCCACCGAGGGGUUGGAGGGGACACUGAGGGGUUGGAGGGGGCACCAAAGGUGGAGGGGACACUGAGGGGUUGGAGGGGACACCAGAAGCCUUGUGAUGCCACCGUGGUCAUGGUGAUAAACCCAUGGUCUUGGGGGUG